GGAGCUGCUGGAGGGUGGCCGAAGGGCUAGGGGCCAGGGGACGACCCCGAGGUGGAGGGUGGGCUGUGCGCGCGUCCGCGCCCGGCUACAAGAGGCUAGGGUUUAUUGGACAGUCGGUUGUGGGGUUCAGAGGUUCAGUAACUAAUUCUCCGAAUCCAGGAGUUCAACCCCAGUCUGUAUUAGGACUCGGUUGGUAGGUUCAGUGCCUGGGAUGCCAAGGAACGUGUUGUCUUCGGAGUUCAGGAUAUAGAAAUUAGUUUUAGUCUUCAUGUAUUAAGUGUUUUUGCUAGCAUUGGGGGUUCAUAUGCAGAUCAGUAUUAGUUCAGUCCUUAACGUUACACCUAGGAUUGAAAUGAGAUACCUGGGACUUACUCAGGGUUUGCAAUUCAAUACUGAGGGUUCUCUGUUGGGACUCGGGGCUUAAUAUCUGCAAUGAGAAUGCGUGAACAUCCGCGGAUUUAAGGUUCUUUUUUUUUUCCAAUUUAUUUUUUAUUGCUAGAGGGCUUGCGUGCUCACCAGAGAAAGCACUCUUCCAGAGGGGCGUGGUCAACCCCCACACCCCUGUCCUUUUUCUUUCUUUCAGGAUUGGGGGCACUGCACACACAUGCACCCUGCAUGUUUCUCAAGCCACCCAGCCCAGGAUUUGAACCUCAGUGGACCAUCUGAGAUCCUGCUCCCUAGGCACAGGGCUUAACCGCUUUCCACAGGCCACCGAGGUUUCUGUUUUUUGAGUGUAGGUAGCAGCCACCAUCAUGCUCAAAGCUGUGAUCCUUAUUGGAGGCCCUCAAAAGGGGACUCGCUUCAGGCCCUUGUCUUUUGAGGUUCCCAAACCACUGUUUCCCGUGGCCGGGGUCCCUAUGAUCCAGCACCAUAUUGAGGCCUGUGCCCAGGUCCCUGGGAUGCAGGAAGUUCUGCUCAUUGGCUUCUACCAGCCUGAUGAGGCCCUUACCCAGUUCCUAGAAGCUGCCCAGCAGGAGUUCAACCUUCCCAUCAGGUACCUGCAGGAAUUUGCUCCCCUCGGCACAGGGGGUGGUCUCUACCAUUUUCGGGACCAGAUCCUGGCCGGAAGCCCUGAGGCAUUCUUUGUGCUCAACGCGGAUGUCUGCUCCGACUUCCCCUUGGGUGCUAUGUUGGAUGCCCACCGUCGCCAGCGUCAUCCUUUUUUACUCCUUGGUACCACGGCUAACAGGACACAAUCCCUCAACUACGGCUGCAUCGUUGAGAAUCCAGAGACGCAUGAGGUCCUGCACUAUGUGGAGAAACCCAGCACCUUUAUCAGUGACAUCAUCAACUGCGGCAUCUAUCUCUUUUCCCCAGAAGCCCUGAAGCCUCUUCGGGAUGUCUUCCAGCGUAACCAGGAGGAUGGGCAACUGGAGGACUCUCCAGGCUCGUGGCCAGGGGCAGGAACCAUCCGCCUGGAGCAAGAUGUGUUCUCGGCCCUGGCAGGGCAGGGCCAGAUCUAUGUGCACCUCACCGAUGGUAUCUGGAGCCAGAUCAAGUCUGCAGGCUCCGCUCUCUACGCCUCUCGCCUCUAUCUGAGCCGAUACCAGCUCACUCACCCAGAACGACUGGCCAAGCACACCCCAGGGGGCCCACGAAUCCGAGGAAAUGUUUAUAUCCAUCCGACGGCUAAGGUGGCCCCGUCGGCUGUGCUGGGUCCCAAUGUCUCCAUCGGCAAGGGCGUGACCGUGGGCGAGGGUGUGCGGCUCCGAGAAAGCAUUGUCCUCCACGGAGCCACGCUGCAGGAGCACACGUGUGUCCUGCACAGCAUUGUGGGCUGGGGGAGCACCGUGGGGCGCUGGGCCCGCGUGGAAGGCACCCCCAAUGACCCCAACCCCAACGAUCCCCGAGCCCGCAUGGAUAGCGAGAGCCUCUUCAAGGACGGGAAGCUGCUUCCUGCUAUCACCAUCCUGGGCUGCCGCGUCCGGAUCCCUGCCGAGGUGCUCAUCCUGAACUCGAUUGUUCUGCCACACAAGGAGCUGAGCCGCAGCUUCACCAACCAGAUCAUCCUCUGAGGGGCUGCCAGGAGGCCCCCAACCCCUGCCCGCACCCCAUGAGGCUGCUGCCUGCUCGGCCAGCCUCUGUCCAGAAAGGACCAGAGGAAGCCAGGCAGGGUCUUCACACAUACAGAGCCAUGUGGGUGGCCUGGCCAGGACUCCUGGCCUCCCUCCCCUCUCCUAAUAAACCCCAGUGAACCUUGGA